GGCAGCAGCAGCAGUAGCAGUGUCGGUGGCAGUGGUGACGACGACACGAGAACGACGAGGAGGAGGACGACGGUCGUCGACGACGUUGGUGGUGGUAGUAACGGUGGUAGUAGUAAUCAGAGAAGAAGAAGACCGAGAAGGAGAAAGGAGUAAGAAGGAAGGAGGAUGGGACGAGAGUAGGAGGCCUGGAGGAAGGAGGAGGCUGACUGAUCGGCAGAGUAGAGGAGAAAGAGCACGCCUGCGCGGAAUCCCCGGGCGGGCGCGGGCAGUGCCACUGGAGGCCCGGCGGUUUCAGAGCUUCGCCCGGGACGACGAACCGCAGACGACCCGUACGCAAAACUCGGUCGUGUUUGAAGGAUCGGUCGGAAAAGGGGCCAUAUCACGCGACCACGUAUAAGCCCCAGUGGUGGACCGUCUCGCGUAUACCACGUCGCGUUUCGAUUGUCCGCUGUCGAGAGAAAACGUGUGCUGCUGCACCCUUUGUGGAACACAUACACACACACACACGUACAUACACACACACACACGCACGCACGCACGCACGUACGCAAGCACACACACACACACACACACAUACACACACACGCACACACACGUAUACACGCGCGCGCGUUUGCCAAAACGUAAACGACGUCUCGGGCAAACACUACAAAACGGUGUAUGAGAGAGAGGUACAGGAUCGUACGAGGAUCGGCGUGCCUAAUCGACGACUAAUUCGAAGAUAAUAUGUGAUCAGUGCGACACCGAUACCACGGUUGUGUAUCGGUACGAGGAUCAUUGUGCGCGACGAGCAAAAGGAAAACGAAAGAAAAAGAAACCGAGGGUGGUAAAGGUAUACUAUGCACGAGGUCUGGUAGCAUCGAGUCAAGGAGGAUGAACAGAGUGAUGACGGAGGGUUAGGUGUGAGAGGGUGCACCUCUGGCUUUUGGUGUGCUGGUUGUUUUGAGAUGUCAGUGGACCCGUCGAAGGCAACUGCGUCGUCGUUCUCGUCGUCGUCGUCGUCGUCGUCGUCGUCGUCGUCACUGUCUUCGUCAUCAUGAGGAGAUCCUCUUACGUGAACUACUACGUCCUGUGCCUCGUGUGCUGGAUUCUCCUAGGCAUUACCGGGGUGAGCACAAGAUCCCAUUCGUUGGUGAAGAGGUUCGACGGGAUUUACACGGGUCCGUACUUCGAUUCAAACACACCCACGAACAUCACGGCCCAGCUGGGAAGUCAUGCCUACUUGCCGUGCAAAGUGCGACAGCUUGGUAAUAAAUCGGUGUCGUGGAUCAGAAGAAGGGAUUCGCAUAUCCUCUCGGUAGAUAGAACCAUGUUUAUCCCGGACGAAAGGUUCCAGGCGCUUUUCGUGGACGCGUCGGACACUUGGACCCUGCAGGUUAAGUACGUGCAGGCACGCGACGAAGGCGAGUACGAGUGCCAAAUCUCGACCGAUCCGAAGAAGAGUCACAUCAUCAAGCUCAACAUCGUCGUGCCAAAGAUCGAGAUCAUAGGCGAUCGCGACAUGUACGUGAAGACCGGAAGCACGGUGGCGAUACGAUGCGUGAUCAAGCAGUCCCUCGAGGGUCCUUUCUACGUUUUCUGGUACCACGAGGGUGACCGCGUGCUCGACUACCAGCUGAACAAAAUCGACAUCCAGACGAAGAGGAUCGAUCACGACACGGUUAGCAGCCUCAUAAUCCACAAAGCGAAGCGGGAAGACUCGGGCAAUUACACCUGCAGUCCGAGCAGUUUGGACAGCGCGAGCGUGCAGCUUCACGUGUUAAAUGGCGAGCAUCCUGCCGCGAUUCAAAGAGGGAUCAGCUCGGCACCGGGUGGCUGUCCGACGCUAUGGUGGCUGGCGGGCGUCGUGACGCUGUACUCGAGCCACGGCAGCCGUCUGUUCGUCCUCGUCCUUCUGAUCCUCAUGGUCCUUUAUUCGAAGAAUCCAUCUUACUUCGCGUCGGAACGAUAAUCAGAAACGACCGAUGAAGACAACAUCGAGAGAUGAUCGAUUACCUCCUGCUACGAGACUCCUCGCGGUACGUUCCAGCGAGAAGAGACGAGGGAAAGCGUGCACGUGGGAGGCUUCUUCGGGGAGACUUCGUGGUGGCUCGAUGAACGACGAGAGAAGAGAAGUCGAUGGAAGAACACGAUGAACCGCGAGAAGACGAAGAGGAAAAAGUUAGUGGCCGUAGGCCAUGUCGGUUUGGCAAAUCACUGCCUGCAUUCGUUUUACUUUCGCAAGAGGUGCAAAAAUGAAAAAAAAAAAGAAAAACAAAGAAAAAUGCUCUUAAAAUUCUCGGUCAAAACACAACUGAUCAAAAUAAUGGAGUCUCAUGGUCGUACGCGUGUAACUAGUCAGGGUUUCCUUUCGUCAGACGACUUACACUCUGCAACAGUGAUCGUUCAUCGAAAACUCCUGCGUUUCGAGGGAAGGAAUUCUUCACAACGAAGGAUCGAGUCCGCUUUUCGAACGUGACUCGGUCGUGAUCACGUCGUGAUCGAACGCGAUCGAGGCCAUCGGUGAACGUGACAAUCGUCGAUCGCGGGCGUCCCAACGACGAUUUUACUUUUGUGUUUACAAGGGAAGCUCGAUGGUGUGUAAAGAGAGCAGGCGUGAAAAAGGAACACGCGUGACUCGCGUGUCGAGAUAGUAUGAUCCGGCCGUUAGCAAUUAGGGGUUAAUUAAUCUCGGGUGGGGGGGGGGGGAUGUACCCGUGAAAUCGACGCGUGUUCUUCGCGCGAUCGAAAAGUGGUCGCUUCGGUCCGCGGUGGGGAAAUCAAACGAACGGCACGAAGCUUGCGAAUUACCCUUCCUCUCCUUCAAAAGCGGCACACAGAAGACGAAUUUUUUAUAGGAAUUAUAUAAUAAACACACACGAUCUUCCAACUAUCUGAAAAACACGCGCGAAUUAUAGAACCAUUUUGUACCCUCAAGUUACGCAAGUCCGUCGUUCGAAACAAUCAUUCUAAUUAAUUAAUCAAUCGGUAAACAUCGUGCGAGAGAUCAUUGUACAUAUUUGCCUGAACGAAGACGCUGAUUCGUCGCGAGGGAAGUGAUCGUGUACGAACUCCCAGUAGCCGAAAAACAAGCAACGACUAAAGACGUAAGUUCAAGACGAGUUUCCCCUCCCUACUUCAUUCAUUAUCCGUCAUUGUCAGUGGUGUUUCGCGAUCUUCGUGUCAUUCUCGCGGGGAAGCCAAACAAUAACGAAGUCUUCGUGAUCGAUCGCGAGAUUCUGUCUGUGGGGACGUUGGGAGGGUUUCGUAGUUUCUUUCGCAUCGAGAGAUUAACCCGACGACGAACGAGUGUAACUCUACCGGAAGAAGAAGAAAAAAAAUCGAAUUGAAUCGAAGAAUCGACGGGAUGAGGGGAUCGAAACGGGAGAGGACGGUAACGAAAAAAAAAAAAAAAAAAAGAAGAUAACACAGAAUGCGUGCUAAGGUGAUCGGAGAAUGCCAACAGAACUUCGUCCGCCGCCGCUCGAUAGAAUUGAAACUUGUUCGAUGAGACUUUUGAAAGCGAUGUGAUUAAUUAUAUUCGACUAGAGAGACGAUUAGCGAAAUGUGUCUGUACUCGACCGUGUACUACGUCCAUCUCGGGAUCGUCUCGAGAGAUGGAUGCAUCUCGACGAUCGUCUCCGGCAGACGGUCCGUCGAAAUCAUCCGAUAGCAUGAGGUACGUGCAAACGAAUAAUUUCCUCGUUUUUUUUUUUUUAUUUUUUUUCAAUCCUUUCACUGAGCUACGAGGAUCGAAUGAUCAAUUAGAAUGUUGGAAGCUUUAAUAUUGCAACUUCAGAUACGAUAGGUUAAAGUUGACAAUGGACACGUAGGUCAUAAAUGGAAUAAAGAAGUACAGCGUUAGAAUUUUGAAAUGUAAUUACGCUUGUUUGUUCAUACCUUAGGUCGGUGUAAGUUAAGCUGAAAAGUUUCUUCUGAAGAUCAAACGGAAAAUAGGAAUUGUUUAAUUUUGAAGACUACAUUUGUGACUUUUACCUUUUAUACGUCAAUUUAUUACAUCGAAGAAACUCGAGAGCUAAAAUCGUUUUCAUCAGAGAAGUCAUUUAUCUAUCAUCGUGCAAUAAAAUCGACUUCCUUUUCGUGCUACAUUUUCUCUACAGUUCCUGAAUAUUUUUGCACGAAUCUAAAAUCGUUCCAAAACGACUGAGAAAGCAAGUCUCAUCUGUGCAUUUAUCGAUUCUACUCGUAUGACGAAAAAUAUCACUGCCUGUAUUAUUCAAACGUGUUCUAUUUCGAAAUACGUUCAACGAGAUUAGUUCUGUACUUGGUACUCAACACUCGAUCUUCACCGAAGAAACUCGAAUAAGAAGAGAGAGCAUAAAUAAAACGUACCGAUUGCUCCGAGACGAUCCACGGUGACAAAUUUUGGUACUUGAAGCGCAUUGAGUAUAAACACAGGCCAAUAAAAAAAAAAAAUGUUAUAUAUCCGUGCAUGCGUGUCAAGUUUCGUAACGGAAUGGGUCACGCGAGGUAAAAUAAAAUUAACAGUAAUUACUAUACAGGCUAAAACUCCUACGCGACGUUCAGACAUUAAAAUGAUUUCUCCCUCCUCUAUCGCCAAUCCUUCAAAUUCUUUGUGAACGUUUGGCUCGUAAAGUUCCCAUCGCCGAUCGAUGAAACUAUCCGCAAGACGCGAGAGAUCGCGUAAUUUGCAUAUUCUAACUACCACUAUCGUUCGAUGAUGGAAAGUUAAAAAAAAAAAAAAGUGGGAAUCGACUCGAAGUAACAAUGGAUGAGACGCUAUAAUCGAUUCUGACCCAGACCGUUUUCUCAUUCUGCAUGUUCGGCUGUAUAGACAUACAGACGGACAGCUUUUUGGGUCGCCGGAGGCGUCCUGUAAAUUUGCUUUCUUCUCGCAAGCGUUAGGAGAUACUGUUUUUUAUAUUAUAUAUAAAUAUAUAUAUAAAUAUAUAUAUAUAUACAGACGGACAGAUAGAUAUAUAUAUGUAUAUGUGUGUACGCGCGCGAAUACGUUGCACAAUACGGUGUUAAAAUAUUGAACAAGUUUCAGCUCGAACUUGGAAAGAGCGGCGCAACAAAUAACACGGGGAAAAUAGCGAGAAGGUAAAGCAUAGGAGUUAAAGUUAAGAGAAGAGAUGCAAAAGAAUCUAUCGGGCGUAACUAUAUGAACAAUAGAUAACCGUGAAGAAAGUGAAAGAAAAUCGGCGAUUGUGCGAGGAUGGGAGGAGGGGGCAGGGGGGAAGGGAAGGAAAUGAGGGUUGAAGAGAGCAGAUGGAACUGAAAAGCUGGAACGGAGAUUAGUCGAACGAGACGAACGAUACGUUAGAAUAUCUACGAUUCAUGUGAUUGUAAAUAUAUAGUAUAUAAAUAACAUAACGUUAAUUAACGAUAUGCCGUACGUGUUACACUAAAGAAACAAACAAGAAAAAAAAAGAAAUAAAUAACGUUACUGUGUAAUUUUUCGGAUCGUAAACGCAUUCGAAUGGGUCUGGCCGCCCGUGCUAACCGGCUCGAGAUUGUGUUUCAAGGCAACAGCUGGUUGUGAAAGAAACUCCAGAGAAACUCGCGUUCGAGGAUUCUCGUCCGAUUCUCUUCAAUUCACAGAUUUUGUAAUCGAUCGGUCAUCACAUCGUUGCCAACUUUUGUUCAUUGAGUCGAUCGAUGACGCGCGAAAUUAUUUGUGUAAAAUUUCCACGAGUUCAUUUAUUGCGGCGACGUUCCCGAGAAAUCUUCGUUGCGCGAAAACCUAUGCAAAAAAAAAAAAAAAAACAGAAACCAAACGCGGCAGGGGGUGUAAAGAUAGGAGAGGAACAGUGGGUAAAGCACCGUGACGUAUGCUUUUUUUCUUGGCAUAUCGGUGCAUCGAGACAACAAAAAGGAGCGCGACUGGAUGCAGUGGCGUUCCUGGAUAGCACGGGCCGGCCACACGCGACUAGAUGUAACACUAAUUAACGCAUAGCGUAAGAACUAACGGAUAUAAAUGAAGGAUUAUAUUGUCUGACAUAAUAUAAUCAAGUGCGGGCGUACAUGCGGUAUACGUGAACUUUUCGCGGCAAUCGGUGACUGUGUGUACAUGAUAAAUUACACGCGUGGAGAAGAACGAAUGAGAAAUUGAAAGAAAGAGAAAAAAAGAGACAGAGAGAGAGAGAGAGAGAGAGAGAGAGAGAGAGGGAGUACAUGUGCAACUAACAAAAAAAAAAGAAACGAGAGGAAAUGAAAGUGAGAAAGUGAGAGAGAACGGGAGACAGAGAGAAAAAGAGAAAGAAACAAAGUGUGAAUGGGCAAGUAGAAGAAAAAGAAACGCAUACACACGCGAAGAGUGAAAAAAGGGUUGUUCGUUGGACUGACGUUGGUAAGGCGUUGGUCGAAUGACGCACUUUAAGAUAAAAAGGGACGACCGGGAACAAUCCUUCUUGUACUGUUUCUUCCCUUUCUUCUUCCCGCGCCUCGCGAGGCCACUCGUGGCGAAAGAUAAAAAGAAAGGGCUAAAGAUAGGGCUCACCUCGAGGCCACAAUUAAAGCAUACCCGCUUCCUGCACCCUUUUUUUCUUCUUACAACAACCAAGGCCUCCCCUCGCCAGGUGGAAGAAGGAAGUUGUAAUUUCCGCGCUCGUCCUCGUCGCCUCUUUAUUAUAACGGUGAUAACAAAGAGGAGACGAGAAAGAUUAAGAUUCUAGUGAUGAUGCUGGUGAUGAUUAUACUAAUAAUGACGAUGAUAAUGAUGACGAUGAUGAUGAUUUAAAUAAAAACGUCGUUUAAGGUAUACUAACGUCGUAGGCAGCAUUGAAUUUUUGUACCAUUGUCUAUAGUAGCUCUUAAGUGUCGCGGAUUUUUCUGUUCUCAAGAUGCCCGCCUUUGCAGGCUUGAGUAAAUAUGUACGUACUUAUGUAUUCUCGGUUUUUGUCGAUGGUUCGCGAGGCGGAUGUUGACUUUCAAUCCUAGCGACGCCAAUUUCAAUUUUAAUUCGAUUAUUUGCAUUGGUGAUAAAAAUAUAAUUUAAAGUUAAGACUUGUAAUUUCUUGGUGUAAAUAUUGAAUUGAAACGUGAAUACGUGAGUUUGUUAUUUUUUUUUUUUUUUUAACAGAAAUGAAGACGAAAGUACCGAGAUCGAGAACCAUUGAUACGUACAGUUGAUUAAUUCAAUGUUUGCUUCCACGAAUCGAAUCGUACAAGUUUAAUCGUACAACCUUUUCCUUCAGAUGCUAUUUGUAGCGAAUUAUGCUACAUCAAGUCCGCCUCAGCGACAAAUACGUACCCGUUCCCGAGAGUCGCGGUACGCGAAUAUUGAAAGAUCCUUUUUCGUGUGAUGAUUGACCGUCCUGACAGUUCGUCGAUGUGCUCUUACGCGUAGAUACUCGAAGUUAGUUUUUCGAUAGUAGGUAAUACGAGUAACAGAUGGCGAUGCGAUUCUAAAGACAAAUCGGAAUCAACGAGGCGGGAGUUAGUUUCGCGAGUGAGGUUGCCGAUUCGAUUAUUAAAGUAAAAGAAAA